CUGAGAUGUCUGAUCAAAAUAUAGACAAACUCCAAAAAAAGGAGAAGAAGACAGGCAAGCUGCCUGCUGAUGGAAGCCACGGAACCAGAGGAAAAGAAACGGUCAAGACGAAAGAUACUGUGUCAUAUACCGAAGACCUGGGACAGCAUGAAGACGCCACUCAGAGAACUGUAACUUUGGAGAAUACCUACCAGCUGGGACCUAAUAAACCAUUUCCCGUCACUGCUGCUUCAGACAUACUGAAGGAUGUACUUACCAACCACCUCCAAGAAGAAAACUAUGAAGUACAACGGGCUCGAGAACUGACGCUAACUCUGUGUGCGAUAAUAAGAAGCCGUGUGAAGGAACUCAUGGUCCCCAGAUAUAAAAUUGUUGUGCUAAUCCACAUUGGCCAGCUCAACGGGCAGAGCAUGCAAGUCAGCAGCCGCUUUCUGUGGGAUGCAUCUAACGACACCUUUGCAUCAUACUCCUUCAAGAACAGGUCUUUGUUCUGUGUUGCAAUUGUGUAUGCUGUGUACUUUGAGUGAAACAUCCACAAUA